CGUUAGACAUUGUCACCUGCACAAAAGAGUUUUAUCCGACAACUUCAAAGGACGCUAGACAUUAUUGGCGCGCAUUCAAUACUGGAUGUGUUCACAUUGUUAAUGCCAUUGAAUGACAACACUGAAAGAGCAUAGAACGCAUAGAAAAAUAGAAAUAUUCGCCAUUAAUCAUCUCGCCGGCGAAUUUGCAAUUUAAAUGUUCUGUAGUGUCCUGAUCAGAUGUGAUAUAUAGUGUAGAGCCAAAAGUUAGCGACAAAAUAAGCCAACUUGUAUUUUCGGUUUGUGUAUGUUUUAUCGAGCCGUGCGUAAAUUCUGAGUCGAAAGUCAAUACUAAGGUGCUGUCUGUUCCAAGCAACAAGAGAUUUUUGCACGAAUUAAACAGAGUGUUCCAGUGAAGUUUCCAUUUCGAAAAUGUCUGGAAUUGCAGUUGCGCGUCUCGGUGAAGAGCGAAAGACUUGGCGAAAAGAUCAUCCGUAUGGAUUUGUGGCUCGUCCAGUGAAAAAUCUCGAUGGAACAUUGAACUUGAUGUCCUGGGAAUGUGCAAUUCCCGGCAAAAAAGGGACACCAUGGGAAGGCGGUUUGUACAAGCUGCGAAUGAUUUUCAAAGACGACUAUCCAACGAGUCCGCCGAAGUGUAAAUUCGAGCCGGCCCUGUUCCAUCCGAAUGUGUAUCCAUCGGGAACGGUGUGUUUAUCUUUGCUAGAUGAAGACAAAGAUUGGCGCCCGGCAAUCACAAUAAAACAAAUUCUGAUCGGUAUACAGGAUCUAUUGAACGAGCCGAACAUCAAGGACCCGGCGCAGGCAGAAGCGUAUACAAUUUACUGUCAGAACAGACAGGAGUAUGAUAAGCGCGUAAGAGCUCAAGCACGUGCUAUGGCUGCCACUGAGUAGCUUUCGGUAUAAUGGCACGUUUCACUUCACAAUUUUCAAACUUAAUUUUAAUUUUUUUUUAAGUGAAUUUAUAAUUAAUGAGUAGUGGGUACGACUGUGUGAAUAGUUGUUCAGACCUGAAGAAAAAUCCAAAACCAGAUUGAAUGAACGUUCAUUUACUCUUUUUUUCUAUUGUUUAGCCGUAAGCUGGAACGAUUAAUAAAUUGACAGUUAAUCAAACUGAAA